AUGGCUAACAAGCGAGUAACAUACGGAUUAAGUGUAAUUUAUUUCCUGGCUUUGAUCAGGAUCGGAAUGGGCAAAUCCAACAGAGUGCUCGAAUUAAUCGUCCACUUUCCUCUUCUAUUCCUGAAUUUCAUACUCAUUAUGCUUUUGAUAUCGGCUGGACAACAACUCUACCAAAAGAAUCUCUAA